CCCUCGCACACCUUUCUUUCUCAGUUCCUCCACUCGCUCUCCGGAGAAGACGAAGAACGCUCUCCACAAUGGACUUACGGCCGAGUUGAGUUGGUCCCAUUUAUGUCUUUCUACUCGGAUGCUGUUUAGCGUCGCGUCUCCUCCGGUGUCCGCAUCAUGGCAACCAUCGGGGAAUUCGACCCACUCAACACGAGAGUCCCCGCAACUAAAAUAGAAGUUACCGUCUCGUGCCGGAGUCUUCUGGAUGUGGACACAUUCUCCAAGUCUGAUCCUGUGGUGGUUCUCUAUUUGCAGGCAAUAGGAAACAAAGAGUGGAGGGAGUCCGGCCGGACAGAGGUGAUCGAUAACACUCGGAACCCGGAUUUUGUCAGAAAGUUUGUCUUGGAUUUCUUCUUUGAAGAAAAGCAAAAUCUAAGGUUUGAUGUGUACAAUGUGGACUCCAGAAGCUGUAACAUUUCCAAACACAAGGAUUUUUUGGGCCAGACGUUUUGCACCCUUGGAGAAAUCAUUGGUUCCACAGGAGGGCGGCUGGAGAAAACUCUUUCGGGAAUUCCCGGGAAGAAGUGCGGGGUCAUUAUCUUAACUGCUGAGGAGCUCAGCAACUGCAGGGAUAUUGCGACUAUGCAGUUGUGUGCCAACAAGCUGGAUAAGAAAGACUUUUUUGGCAAGUCAGACCCCUUCCUGGUUUUCUACCGCAGCAAUGAAGAUGGAACAUUCACCAUCUGCCAUAAAACGGAGGUGAUCAAGAACACGUUGAACCCGGCUUGGCAGCCCUUCACCAUCCCCGUUCGAGCUCUCUGCAACGGCGACUAUGACAGGACUGUAAAAAUAGACGUCUAUGACUGGGAUCGAGAUGGAAGCCACGACUUCAUUGGCGAGUUCACCACCAGCUACAGAGAACUGUCUCGCGGGCAGAACCAGUUCAACGUCUAUGAGGUUUUAAAUCCCAAGAAGAAGGGCAAAAAGAAGAAGUAUGUCAAUUCAGGAACUGUAACUCUGCUGUCCUUCAAAGUGGAGUCCGAGUACACCUUUGUGGAUUUCAUCCGAGGAGGGACGCAGCUGAACUUCACUGUUGCCAUAGACUUUACAGCAUCAAAUGGUAAUCCAUCCCAGCCCACCUCACUCCACUAUAUGAGCCCGUACCAGAUGAAUGCAUAUGCCAUGGCCCUGAAAGCGGUGGGUGAGAUUAUCCAAGACUAUGACAGUGACAAGCUCUUUCCUGCCUAUGGCUUUGGCGCUAAGCUGCCCCCUGAUGGCAAAAUCUCCCACGCAUUCCCACUGGGUGGCAACAGUGAUAAUCCAAACUGCGUCGGCAUUGAUGGAGUCAUGGAGGCCUACUUCCAAAGCCUCCGAACAGUGCAGCUAUAUGGACCGACCAACUUUGCACCGGUUAUCAACAAAGUUGCAAACUGUGCGUCAGAGAUAACAGAUGGCUCGCAGUACUUUGUCCUGUUGAUGAUCACAGAUGGAGUCAUAUCUGACAUGGUCCAAACCAAAGAGGCCGUGGUCAAUGCAGCAUCACUCCCGCUGUCUAUAAUCAUCGUAGGUGUUGGGCCCGCUGAGUUUGAUGCAAUGGAAGAGCUGGAUGGAGAUGAGGUGAGAGUAUCCUCCAGAGGGCGCCUCGCUGAGAGAGACAUUGUCCAGUUUGUUCCAUUCCGAGACUACGUGGACAGAUCCGGAAACCAAGUCCUCAGCAUGGCGCGGCUGGCAAAGGACGUCCUCGCCGAGAUUCCGGACCAACUGUUGUCCUUCAUGAAAAGUCGAGGAAUCGAACCGCGGCCGGGCAUCUCUUCCUCGCCACUUCCCUAACUGAGCCAAGUGACCCCACUCGUCUGCAACUGCCCCCCACCCGAAAUUCUCUCCUCCUUUUUGACUCAUCUCUACGACCAACAAGUGAAGCCACUUUGGUUCCGAGCAGUGAACAAAAGUCUCAUCUCUUCUCGCCGCCACUCAAGUUAAAGCACGGUAAAGCGCUGACACCAACCGCGUCCUCGCUUCAUUUGCACUUCAAAGCGAAAAUAAACAGCAAUCUCGCUUUGUA